UGCAGAAAUAGAAGAAGAAGAAGAAAUAGAAAACACAUGCAAGUGCGCUACAUGUUUUCAUAUUUGAUUCUACUUGAAGAAAGUCACUAUAUCACCAGAUGUCUCAAGAUCGGUCGUGACAUUAUGAUCAUUAGGCGUUUCAGUUAAGAGAGAAUCAGUCGACGUUUCUCAUCAGUUAACAUUACUUUGACCUACAGAAACACAGGAUCACUUGAUCAUCUGAUGUAGAUAUGAAGCUCAAAGAGCUAGAAAGCUGCCUUCAGCAGGUGGAUGGAUUUGAGGAGCCCAAAAUACAGCUGGAGCAGUACCCCACCAGUCCGCAUAUAGCGGGCUGUAUGUUGUACACCAUCCACAACACAUUUGAUGACAUACAGAAUAAACUAGUUGCAGACUUGGGCUGUGGAUGUGGGGUUCUGUCUGUAGGAGCUGCAGUGCUUGAUGCUGGACUGUGUGUCGGAUUUGACAUUGAUGAAGACGCCUUGGACAUAUUCAAAGGAAAUGUUGAGAAUUUUGAACUGUCAAACAUUGACACGGUCCAGUGUGAUGUUUGCUCUAUUGGAUCCUCUUACGCCAAGAAGUUUGACACGGUCAUCAUGAACCCGCCAUUUGGCACGAAGCACAACCAGGGUAUUGACAUGCAGUUCCUGCGGACAGCGAUUUCCAUGGCAAGUACAGCAGUGUAUUCCCUUCACAAGACCUCGACAAGAGAUCACAUUCAGAAGAAAGCAAAUGAUUGGAAAGUGAAAAUGGAAGUCAUUGCAGAGCUCAGAUAUGACCUGCCAGCAUCUUAUAAGUUCCACAAAAAGAAGUCGGUUGAUAUUCAAGUGGACUUCAUUCGAUUUACUCCAACAUAAACGGCAAAAAGGAAUUUGUGUUGCUUUGCAACAUUUUUAUAUAUAUAUAUAUAUAUAUAUACUGUUCUUCAAAGUAAAUUUUAUAAAUGACCAUACUGCAUCAUUUUUGGGUGGAUACCACAGAAACACCAGAGUCUCUGUAGGAUUUACAAACACGCUUGUUGAAACUUUAUUUAAAUUUGUGCUUUUCACAUUUUUGCCAGCAUACACAGUUAAUAAAACAUCACAAUAACUAAAAAAACAAUAAAUUACACAUCACACAUAUUUAUAGUAAAAUCCUGGGUCUUACAAAUACAAAAUCAUCCAAAUAAAUAUAAAUAAUACUAAGGAAUAAAUACAUUUCUUGAAUUAAAACACCAAAACGGAUUAUUUUUUUGCUGCAAAAUAGUAGUCUACAAAAAGGUACUGUGCAAAUAGUGAAGUGCUGUAAUCUAUUGUGCUGUUCAGUAUAUAUUUGGAAACAGCCCUUUAUCUUCCAGCACAGAUAACAUACAAACUGUGUCUCACUCAUUAUCAGUGUUGAACAAAUAUAUCAUUUCGACAUUACACUCACCAGAUUAGAAUAGCGGGGGUCCAAAAGUCUGACAUUUUCAGGAUAACAAUUCAAGUGAUGAAUUCGAAGAAAAUGAAGAAUUCUUAUUGGUUUGUCUCCCUUUUGGAGCUGAUGUCAACAAAACCUGAUGCCCAUGUUCUCCAGCAUGAUUUGAGAUGCUCCAAAGAGCAUCUUGAGCUUCAGUGGACAAGCAUCUAACCAUCUAUACAAGGAGUCGUGUAAUUCAUGUGACAAAUUUGCAGGGUUCCUACGCAGUAUGGAAUUUGAUUUUUAGUCAUUUCCAGGUCUGGAUAAGUAUGGAAAAAAUCUCUCUUUCCAUAUCUUUUUCCUUGUUUACUAUAUAUAAAAUUGAUCAUUUCCAAAAAUAAAUGUCAUAUUUUUCAUCAUUUGGAGCAGCAGUCUGUGCAGCCAUAAGUAUAGUAAAUGUGCCAGUGGAUUUUUCACUUUGUAGGUAUUUACAGAUAAUGCUGAAAAUAACCUAAAAUAAUGUUAUGUGGAUGAAUACGUUAUGGGUGAGGAUGUGAAUGGAGAGAUAAAUGGUAGCAAACAUUAUACUGGAUAGCAUAUUCUGCUAUUAUUUUGAAAAUAUUUUCUCAUACAUUUCUAAUGUAAUCUCUGAAUAAUAU